AUGGACAUGCCUAUGCGGAGGACCCGCGGCUGUUGCACUGUCUGCAAACCCGGGAGCUCCGCCGCCUGCCACGCGUGUUGCGUCGCGCGUCCCGCACAGGCUCCUGGCGAUGGCGAGCUAUCUUCCACCGCCGGUGCCGCGUUUCUCCCGCACCAUGGGAGCUCCAGAGAGAUGGCGCUCGCUUCGUCAGUCGUCGAUGAGGAUGGCGGCUCGAACCAAUUAAAUUCUGAGAUGGAUAACAAGAUUAUCAAAGUCAUGACAUACAAUGUAUGGUUUCGGGAGGAUAUGGAACUGAGCAGAAGGAUGAAAGCUCUUGGAGAUCUUAUUCACCACCACAACCCAGAUCUUAUAUGUUUCCAGGAGAUUACACCAAACAUAUAUCAGCUUCUCCAAAAAUCUGGCUGGUGGCAAGACUACAAGUGCUCGCUAUCAGAUAAGAUAGACAUGUACAUGGAGAGGCGAUAUUUCUGCAUGCAGAUGAGCAAAUUGGAUGUGAAUUCUUUUGACUCCAUCCCAUUUGGUAACUCAGUAAUGGAAAGGGAGCUGUGCAAGGCAGACACCAACGUUGUAGGCGUGACCAAGCUGGUGUUGGCUACAAGCCACCUAGAGAGCCCAUGUGGUCGAGAUCAGAUGUACAGCAAGGAGCGGGCAGCUCAGGCGACUGAGUCGGUGAGGAUUUUGGACAGCUUCCGCAAUGUAAUAUUCUGCGGAGACAUGAACUGGGUCGCCGGGGACGGGCAGUUCCCUCUGCCAAGCGGCUGGGUUGAUGCCUGGGAUGAGUUGAAGCCAGGUGAAGAUGGCUGGACCUACGACACGAAAUCUAACGGCAUGAUAUCAGGCGACCCCAGGAUGCAGGGGAGAGUAGAUCGGUUCGUGUGUAAGCUGCCAGAUUUCAAGAUCCACGCCAUCGAGAUGAUUGGGAAGGAGGCCAUACCUGGACUAUCGUACUCGAUAGAGAAGAAACUCCGCAAGGGAAUCCGCAAGCUGGAAUUACCUGUAUUACCUAGUGACCACUUCGGGCUUGUUUUGAGCAUUACCUACGCUGCACCAUCGGGUAGAAGUGAACUCGUAGCCCAGGGGAAAGUAUCUAACCCUGGUAGUAUGAAGAAGAAAAGUGUGCUACACUAUUUCACUACAUUAUUUUGUGGUCGUGCACUAUGA